AAAAGAGUGUUCUUCGAAGCUAUGUAUUUCUAUUGGUGCUUGUCUGGGAAUCGUAGGACUAAAGAAUCGUUUACAGUGCGCUUGUAGUUACGUCUCAAAGACGCGCAGUCUGUGAAUCAUUUACCUAUUUCCCUCGCGUAAACUUGUGAAAAAUGAAAAAUUUUGUUAAACUCGUCAGUGAAACUUUCCGUUGUUUCACGAAAUUUACGCACAGGAAACAAAUGCAUGAUCAAUUCACAGACCAGUGCUACGACUGUAAAACAUAACUACGGCUGUAUUGUGGACGACUCUUUAAAACCGUUUUUUGCGGACAUUCGAGUUAAAAUAUAUGAGUAAUGCGCGAUUCUCCUCCGUUUUCAAUAACUGUGUGUAAUUUCUAUGAUAUAUGUGUGAUAUAUCGUGACGUAAAAAUGACAAUUUCUUCAAUUCUAAUUUGUUAGUGUUAACUGAUCUUCUUAAGACUCAAGAGAAAAUGACGAGCUGGGAGGAUUCUGACUCGAAUGUAUCAAUCAUUCUCUGUGCGAAUCUCACGCUGUGUCGUGUAGUAUUUCGUAGCCGCGCUGUAACUGAUAUGAGACGAUCUUUAAGGUGCUGCAAGUGUCAGCGCCUUUUGACGUAUCUAUAUCGCUAAUCACGAAAGAUAAAUUCAUCUAUGGAAUUUUAUCAUUUAUCUAUCGACAUUUAUCACCCGUCUGUCGACUUUUAUCAAGCUCCUUGUAUAUAAUGUAAAGUUUGCGGUAACUGUUUGUAUAACGUGCAACGAUUCACCGAUGCGCUGUUGGUAUCCGUUUCGCGCGCAGUAAGCGAGUCAGCAAGAAGCCUUCGACCGUAAAUGGAGGCGAAGUCUCGGGAGACAAAUUCGCGAUCAGUGAUUUUAGAAAUCCUCUGGAAGCCGAUCUCGCCGCAAGUAAAUCAAGACAAACACGUCCUGUCCGUUACGUCCGCGCGGCGUCGUUAUCCUUGGAGAAGUUAAUCACUGCAAUCGCUAAUCGUCCAAAUCCAAGGAAUUUACCUAUCACCCGUGCGAUCAUGCAGAAUCAUCGUGACGGCGCGUACGUUUUUUUCUACUAGACUGACAGAGAUAACGAUAGUAAAAUCUUUGGCUCUUUGCUCUCGGCUACAUUAAUCGCAUGAUUUCGUUUCCGUUUUACGAAGACAAGCGUCCGAGGUUGAUAUCGAAGAUGGUCAAGUGGUACGAGAAAGAUAAAUGUCGGGACUUCGUGGUGCAGAGAUUGCCGGUGCUUGGCUGGUUGCCGCGGUACAAACCCACGUGGCUGCUGCAGGAUGCACUGGCCGGCGUCACGGUCGGCCUCACCGCUGUACCGCAAGGCAUCGCUUACGGUAUCGUCGCCGGUCUCAGUCCUGAGUACGGACUGUAUUCAUCCUUCAUGGCAUCCUUCAUGUACGUCAUUUUCGGCUCAUGCGAGAACAUUACCAUCGGACCAACGGCUAUCAUGGCUAGCAUGAUUCAGGACUUGGUCGCGCAUUAUGGCACCGACAUGGCUGUACUAAUCGCUUUUCUGAAGGGAUGCAUCAUCGCGCUUCUAGGAAUUUUCCACUUAGGUUUCCUAUUGGACUUUAUAUCGUUGCCGGUGAUUACCGGCUUCACCGCGGCCGCAGCGAUCAACAUAGCUUCUUCCCAGUUCAAGUCGCUUCUAGGUAUUUCUGGCAGAAGCGAAGGUUUCUUGGAUUCUCUGAUCGCGAUCUUCAAAAAUCUCAAUCAGAUCCGGUACCAAGACACUGCGCUGGGCAUUGGAACGAUCGUUGUGUUAGUUCUACUCAAGAACAUACCGGGACGACGUGUAGGAAACAUCCUUCAAAAAGCGGGGUGGCUCGUCGCCUUGUCGCGCAACGCGCUUGUCGUAAUUGCAGGCACCGUUAUGGCGUACAUCUUUUAUAUUAACGGACAAAAACCUUUCAACUUAACGGGAUCAAUGGGUCAGGGCCUGCCGUUGUUCGCGGCUCCGCCGUUCUCCACAACUUUCCAAAAUCGCACGUACAACUUCGUAGAAAUGGCUAGUGCGAUGGGCACGAGACUGUUCUCGAUACCGGUGGUAUCGACGAUCGAGCACAUCGCCAUCGCGAAAGCCUUCGCAAAAGGCAAGGCCCUGGACGCCACGCAGGAGAUGAUCGCCCUAGGAGUCUGCAAUAUUUUUGGAUCGUUCGUCCGAUCAAUGCCGGUGACGGGAUCUUUCACGCGAACGGCCGUCAAUCACGCGUCAGGCGUGAAAACCCCGUUAGGAGGAAUAUUUACGGGCGUUCUGGUGUUGCUCGCGGUCAGCCUCUUGACUUCCACCUUCUACUUCAUACCUAAGGCGACCCUGGCUGGCCUCAUCCUAGUCGCGAUGUACUACAUGUUGGAUUUUCCAACGUACGUCAUGCUUUGGCGCGCCAGAAAGGUCGAUUUCUUCGUGAUGGUGCUGACAUUGGUCCCAAGCGUCUUUCUUGGUUUGGAAAUAGGCAUCUUGAUCGGCAUCGUUGUCAAUCUCAUGGCGUUGCUGUAUUUCUCAGCGCGACCUUCCGUUCAAACGCAAAUCGAACAGAUCGCAGGAGAAACCGUAAUAGUCGUGACACCUGAAGAGGCAGUGGCAUUUCCAGCGGCAGAGCGUCUGCGUGCUAACAUAAUGAAGCUUUCCGGGGAGAGUGAAUGCAACGUGAUACUUGAUUGUAAGAAUCUGAAGAGGCUCGACGUUACGGUUGCCAAGAACAUGAAGCUCUUGGCAAAGGAUCUCUCGCUACACCAACAAAGAAUUACCUGCAGUAAUUGUGCCGAAAAUGUGGUUGCCACUCUGAGGGUUGUAGCACCGGAACUAUUAAACGUCCAGAAAGACGAGGAUAACCACGACUGAAGAAAUAGACAGGAUCUCUUUCUCCCUGAAUUUUACAAAUCUAAAUUGCCUGGUUUUAGGCAUCGCGCGCACGAGGCUAAUAAAUAUAAAUGUGAUCCCCCCUUCCUCCGCAUCAUUAAGCACCAUACGACGUUGCUCUUCUGUUUCAGGUAGACAACGUCUUCAGUUACCAACAACGUUAAGCGGGGAGCACACACUCUUGCAUAAAGGCAUAAUGCACAACGCAUAAGAAAAUUGACCAAUCAGAGUUCUCAUUUCUAUUGUCAUGAUGAAAAUGAAGGACUCUGAUUGGUCUAUUUUCUCAUGCAUUGUGCAUUAUGUCUUUAUGGAAGAGUAUGUGCUCCCCGCUUUACAUUUCAUAUGUUUUCCUUCGUUUCAAAUACAUUUUCUACGCACUUUUCUAUGCAUUUUAUAAGCACUAAAAAAACGCAUACUUAGAAAUAUUUACCGAUUUAAUAGUAUAAGAGAAAGAUAUAACCGAUCAUAUUAGUUAUUAUAUCGUGAUUAUAUUGGAUAUUAUGCAAUAUAUUGCUCGGCUUUAAACAGAAUAUUAUUCAGAUUCUCUCGGAACACGUGAAAUUUACAGAUAGCGAAGGAGCUACGUGAGAUUUCUAAUACAUGUGUGUAGCCAUGAUUUAUAUCAUGGACAUAAAAAGAAUCUGUGAAUAAAAAUUAUUUCCUCUGAA